GCUUAACAAUUAAUUUGACAUAUAUAUAAGCCGGGGAGACAUACGACGUAAUUUAUUUGGAAAAUGUCGGCUUUAUAAUGGGUAAAAUCACAAGAUGUAUAUUUUCCUUGAUAUGGAUUGUAAUUCUGAAAAUUGGAUUAUCCUCAACGAACGAUUUGACAUUUGGUUCCACAGAAAUGACGGAAUUGAUGAAAAUUAUCGAAAAACUGAAAAGUGAUGUAUCAGUUUUACAAGAGGACAGACAUUAUUUCGAACUUGACAUCGCGGCGCUUUUGGAAGAUCGUGAUUUAGCGCGAUAUCGAAUAAAUAAGCUAGAUAAAGAACAAAAAAAACUUGAGUUAGCUUUGAAUGAAUGUCAAGCGAAUCGUGAGGAAAUUCUUACAAAUAUGACCUUUUAUAACAAACAAUGGAAUAAUAUGUCUAUCGCGAUCCAAAACUGUUGUGCGAGCGAGCGUGGUCCCACGCACUUAAAUUUUGAAUUUUCGCCGACACAACUUUUAAAUAUGGUGAAAGAUUUGCGCAGUCUGCAAUCUGAAUUAAUGUCAGCUCGAAGAAAACAAUCACAACUGGUGAAUAGAAUGUCUAGAAUAGAGGGUAAGAUAGAAGCAGAGUUGGAUUAUGAACUGAACAACCAACCAGCAAGAAAAGAAAGCCGAGUCUACGACAGGCGUCGGAUGAAUGAAAUAGAACUUUUAAUUAUCAUAGAUUACCAAGCAUAUAAAACAUGGUAUCAAAGAGAAGGUGGUGAUCAUGGUGUUGGAAGACAGAUGAGAACACAACAAGCUAUAACCAAAUACGUCACAUCUGUUCUUUAUGGGAUGAAUAGCAUCUAUAAAACAUUGGAACCACAUGGAAUAAAGAUAAACGUUUCAUUAGUCGACAUACAUUUCAUACAGACACUAGAAGACGGCGAAUGGUUGUACAGAUUAUCGGAGAAUGGUUUCCCGAGGCGUAUAGUAAAAGCACACCAAGCUUUAGACGCUUUUGGUACAUGGGUUAUAGACCAUCGGAAAUCAUUGCCAAGAAAUGACCAUACCAUGCUGCUUACCGGAUUUGAUCUUCAAUAUCCGAAUGAGACGGACGACUAUUUAACAACAGGUCUUGCCUUUCUUGGUAAAAUAUGCAGUAUAUCAUCAGUAUCUGUUGUAGAGAAUCAGUUUAAUUUUGAAGAUGUGGGUGUGGCUAGCCAUGAACUAGGUCAUAGUAUAGGAAGUGAACAUGAUGGUAAAGGUAACCGAUGUUUACAAAUAGAUGGUUAUUUAAUGUCACCAAUAGUAGAAACUAACUCAUCUAAUCGCUGGUAUUUCUCACCCUGUUCUAUUAGAUAUAUACGUGAUUCUUUAAUGAAAUUAACAAGCAAAGGAAAAAACUGUUUGUACCGAAAAAAUAAUUUUGGUCACUUACCAAUACCAACAGAGGCUAACGUACAGUUAGGAGAAUUGUUGACUCCAGACGAACAGUGUUUAUUAAUUGAGGGUCCAGGUUCCAUUUUCUGUAGGUCUUUUUAUGGGGGAAAUGAUUAUCCCUCCUUAUGUAAGAACAUGUGGUGCCGUAAUGUGACGUCACUAAAACUGAAUAAACAGACAUGCAAUACGUUUUUAGGUUCGGAUGGAUUUGUAUGUGGAAAUCAAAAGGUUAGCUAUAUCAUUUACAACUCAAGUACUCAAUUCCUCGCAGUGUUGGUGAUUCUUUGUCUUACACGUAGUCCUCACAGUAAUUUAUCAAACAUUACAGUUUAA